UGCUAGGACGCUGCUUGGUUUAGAGUAUGGAUUAUGUUCAGAGAUUAAGGGAGCUCGGGCUUUACUGUCUGGAGAGAAGGAGGAUGAGAUGCGACAUGAUAGAGGGAUACAAGAUAUUAAGAGGAAUAGACAGAGUGGACAGCCAGCGCCUCUUCCCCAGGGCACCACAGCUCAAAACAAGAGAACAUGGCCUUAAGCCUCCUCGAAUGUGUGAUGAUUACUGGAGUGAAUGGAAGCAUUGUCGGAGUGUGAGGAAUCUCUUCCAUCAUUACUACACCUACGGAGAGUACCCGUCAUGUAAGCAGUGGAAGAUAGAUUACAACAAUUGCAGGGAAUGGGAAAAACAUAAGUCUGAAGAGUCUAAGAAAGCCUUGUGUGAGAGUGAAAAGAAAAGGUUAGAAGAACAAAAGAGGCAUCUUCCAGUCUGGAAGAUGAGGAAGAAUCCACCAGCUGAAUGGUAUCUUCCCCUGAAUGAUGGAAAAGUGAAAUAGAGGGAUUGUUCACACCCGGAGUUAAACCACCAGACUAUUGGAUAACUGCCCAUUAUUUCUCAGCUGUGCAUCUACUGGAUUCAGGUCAAUCCACUCAAAAUAGUUUCUCAGGGUCUUAAUAGCAUCAGUUAAUCUGAUUUACUUUUGGAGUAUGGUACAAUGUCCGUCUGCGAUCAAAUACUCUAGCUGAUACGUGAUAGCUAGAUACUGGAAAUGUUUUAAAGGCAACACAACCUUAGGGAAUUGUGUUCAAUAAUAAAUAUUUGAUUAAUUUUA